AUGUCUGAAAAUGAGAUAUCGGAAAUAUCCGGGACAGAUUUCGAGGAUUCUGGUUCGGAAUAUACUCCAUCUGAUAAAGAAAACCAGCGUAAUAGGCAUCGUUCUCGGAAAAAACUUGUAAUUCCUGAAAGUUCUGAUGAAUCUUCUGUUGAGGAAGCUAAUGAUGGAAUUUCAUCAAAAGAAGUUGCCGAAGACGAUAGCGUAUGCAAAAGUCGGAAAAGAAAAAGGAACGUAUGGAACUGGAAAAAGGAGAAGGCAAAACGAGCCAGGGCUUUCGGACAAGCGUACCUAAAUGUGAAAGAAAGUUCUGUACCAGCAAAGAUUUUUAAUAGUGAAGACUGUGUAUGUAUUCAUAAGUGUCACACCAAGCUAUCGAUGGAAGAAAGAAGAAAGAUUUUUGAUGACUUUUAUGCACUUGGAAACUACAACUUACAAUCUGCAUUUAUAUUUGGGCUGGUUAAAGUGACAAAUAAACUCAGAACAUACACUGCACAAAUUUGCAAUAGACAGAAGAAAAAAUAUGAAGAUCUAUUACAGCUUUUACCAUAUGUUCCUCCAAUUCGACAUGAUUUCUAUCGCAACCUGAAGACAAAUAAUUCUGCACAAGAUACUGAAGCUGACUUCUAUGAUGAUGACCUAACCCAAGAC